ACUGCAACCACAAAACCCUUAGAGAGUAAAAAGCGAUCCACAACCAUGAAUAGAGAAGAGUCAAUGACGUUGAUGAUGCUUCCGAAUGAUUUGAUAUUAAACUGCUUAGCCCGUGUUCCGAGAUUGUACUACCACACUCUCUCCUUAGUUUCCAGUAGAUUCCGUUCUCUCCUUGCUUCAACUGAGCUUUACCAAACACGAAUCCUCUUAGGCUGCACAGAGAGUUGUCUCUACGUGUGCUUAAGAUUCCAUACGAGCAAACAACAACGAUGGUUCAGUCUCUGCCGGAGACCAAAUAGCUCCAAGAAUGUUUUGGUCCCAAUUACAUCUCCCAAUUCUCCUUCUACGUACCAGUCAGAUAUUGCAAGGGUUGGUUCUAAUAUCUAUGCCAUUGGUGGAUUCACAAAGGAUAACAAUGCAUCUUCUAGCGUCAUGGUCAUGGACUGUCGUUCCCACACAUGGCGUGAGGCCCCAAGCAUGCGGGUGGCACGAGAGUCCCCUUCUGUUUGCGUCCUUGAUGGAAAAAUAUAUGUGACAGGAGGCUGCAAAAAUCUCGAUGCAAUUAACUGGAUGGAGGUAUUCGAUACAGUGCAUCAAACUUGGGAGUUUGAGUCGUCAAGUCCUGGCGAGAGAAUACGUAGUGGUAUUAGGUAUCAAAGCAUAGGGUAUGAUGGAAGUGUCUACGUGAAGUGUAUUGAGAGACUUGUGACUUACAAGCUGAAUAAAGGUAGAUGGAGAGCCGGAGGCUUAGCUAUGAGGAGGGGAUGGUUUUGCCCAACAUCUUAUUGUGUGAUAGAGAAUGUGUUAUAUAGUUGUAGUCAUGGGAUGAUCAACUGGUACGACCCGGAAGAAAACUGUUGGACCUAUUUAAAGGGUUCGAAAGGUUUGGAAAAAUUGUUUAGGUUGUGGGACGACCGUUAUGCUGUUGCCAGAGUCACGGAUUAUGGUGUAAAGUUGGCGGUUUUGUGGGAAGAGAAUGUGUCUAGUCACAACAAAUUGGUUUGGUGUGCGGUAAUUGCUCUUGACAAACACCAAGAGGAUAUUUGGGGGACGCUCGAGUGUUGUGACAUUGUGUAUACAAUCACUGAGCCAUAUAAAUAUGAUUUAGCGCAUAUUGUUUCUGUUACACUUUGAUGAAAUAUGUCAUACUCUUGUGAACAUUGAACCAGUUGCUAUUAUUUUUUAGUGAAAUUUUCA